AUGUUACCUGAACCCGUCUGGCUUCUCCUCUUAUGUCUUGCUUUUCCACUACCACAAGCAAGAGCUCAAUCGUCCUCCAUAAGACUGAACACGCCAAUAUCCCUCGGGGCCGCUAACCUUACAUCCUCAAACCCUACCACAUUCACACUCCCCAGUCCUUCCGCGUCGUCCUUCCUGUCCGUCUCCGUCGCACUAUGCUCCAAUUCGACUACUAUUCCGCAAUUCUGGGUGUCCAAUAGCAGUGAUAAUACGUCGCCUGGACCGAGUGGCGGGACAGACGUGUACCAGCUGUCGACAGACGACAUCGGGAUGGCGAACAUGACUCUGUCCGUGCAAGAUGGCAAUAAAGUCACGUUGGCCAUUUGGGGAGCCAGUUCAGACGACAGUAUAGAGAUAGGUGCCUCAGAUCAAGACCCAGUGCAUGAGUACUUCACGGAACUUCCCUUCCUCGGUGACACGUCUGCCAACCAGGCAAUCCUUUAUUCAUAUCCGUUUGACCCACCGAAUGUUGACCAGCCGUCGUACCCGAACUACACCCUCCCCGACGCCAAUACGACAUUCCCUACCGCCCCAUCCUCACGUUCACUCAGCAACUUUUCUCUCGUCUUCGCACGCACUGCAAAGGCUAAUCUCACGAAAUUACCGCAGACGGGAUGUGCACUUCGGAACGUGACAAAUUCGGGGCAGAUCAUCGAGCAACAGUUAUGGUUGAGGGACUCGGAUGGUUGGAGGUCGGAGUGGUUACUUGGGGGUUUGACGCCGGGGACAAAUUAUACGGCAUACACGAUUGAGAAUGGCACGAAGGUCAGUGGACCUAUAUAUCUCACUACGAAGACCGCGACCUUUCCAUGUCCCCUCGUCCACUCUCUACCAUACUGCCCGUCGGUCUCAUACGCUGUCCCUCUCCCCUUCCCAGAAUUUCCCGCCCAGGUUCACGACUCGACGACUUUGCCGACAUCUUUGACCGACCCCCUUCUCGGAUACCUCACCAACUUCACAACAUCCCUCCUCACCUUCGCUUGCGGUCGAGACCUCUACUCUCCCAUCCAAUCAUGUGCAGGCUGCCAAGUGGCCUACCGAAAAUGGCUCUGUACGAUCUCCUUGCCUCGCUGUGGCGAAUACCCUCCGUCCUCGUCCUCGACCACCACAACGUCCUCCACGAGCGUUGCUACAAACUCCAACGGCGUCUCAAUUGCGACCACUACAACACCUGCGCUUGUCGUACAGACUGCAGGUGUCUCGGCGAGGAACGAGAACUUGCCGCCGUUUAGCGCGAAUUAUACGGCGCUGUUACCAUGCAUCGAAACGUGUACCGCGACGGACCGGGCAUGUCCGAAUUUCCUAGGGUUCAAGUGUCCUUCGACUUCAUUCAAUGCGAAUUCCAGUUAUGGGGUGGGCUAUAUCGAUGCUACACUAGGAGAAUACGAGGGCGGUGGAUUACCGGGGGUGGCGCAGGAUAAGUGGGGGAAUGUGUAUUGUAACGGGAGUUGA